UAUGAUGGAAAUCGAUGAAAAAACAGUGCUAGUGUCAGUUAGUGGCGUGAUUGUUGUUAGUCGAAACAGUUCACGUUGAUAUAUUUUUAAUUACUUAAUAAACGAAACAUAAUCACAUCUCUCCAAUGAUAAAUUUCUUUGAAUAAUUAAUUAGAUGAAUGAUGAAAAAGAUAUUCGUUGUUUCUUUGUAGAAGAAAGUAAACAAUUUGUAAGAAUAUUUUUAUCCUAUGCAACGCUAUGCUGAGCUAAUUCAUAUGUACUUUGCAAAGAAAAUGGCAACAACUGGAGAUCACGUGGGUAUCGCAAAAAUCAUUCCUGUUGACAAUCCUGUCGAUCUCUUCAGAUUAUGGCGCGACGAAACAAUGAAAUUUCAAAAAAGACUGAUAGAUGUCUGUUGUCUAUCAACUGUCUCUUCCCCAAAUUCCAAAGUCAGUUCGAGAAAUUUAAUGUUACGGGAAUUUGAUAAUGACGGUUUUGUUAUCAUGACAGACGCACGCAGUCAGAAAGUCAAAGAUAUGGAAUGCAAUCCGUAUACUGCUAUGUGCUUUUUAUGGAAUUACAAGAACGAUAAACAAUAUUAUAUUAUACGACAGGUAAGGAUAGAAGGAUCGAUGAAAAAACUGGAAAGACCGGCUUACCAACUUAUAUACGAGAAAGAGCCGUUGUAUUGUAAAAUUCGUGCCCAUCUGUGUCAUCAAGAUCAGCCGGCUGACUGGGAUGAUUUGAAUCGACGGUACAAUGAAAUAUUCGAAGCGCACAAUGAAGAGGAUCUACCAAUGCCGGAGCAUGUCGUGGCUUAUAAAUUAUUGCCCGAGGUGAUGGAAUUUUAUUAUGCGAGAGAUCAAUUAAUUGCCGAUCGAAUACGUUAUAAAAAGAAUGAAAAAAAUCAUUGGGAAUAUCAGAGAAUAACAGCAUAAUUUUAUUGUGUGUAUGUUAUAUGUAUACGCGCCACACAUACACACACGCGCGCACGCGCGCGCGUGCGCGUGCUUUUUAUCAGAGCAUUUGAAUUGAGUUGUUAUAUUGCUCAAAAUUUAAGAAUUAUCUCUGAUUCUUAUAAUCGUAAACAUUAUUAUACUAAAUCUUUGUUAUCUCUAAUCACGAUCAAAUGAAGUUCUAUACAUGUAAAAGCUCAAAUAAUUUUUAAUGACAAUAAUAAAAAAUAUUUUGCACAGUAAA